CCAAAACCGGAAGCGGCAUUUUUAAUUGUCAUCGUUAAGUAAGGUGUUAAAAACGUCAAUAUAAACAACCAAACAUGGCAAAUAACGUACGUGUGAUAGCUACUGACGCCGAAUUCGAUCCCGAAUUGACGAACGCGGGUACAAAACUUGUUGUCGUAGACUUCUUUGCCACUUGGUGUGGACCAUGUAACAGAAUUGCCCCAAUUUUCAUUCAGCUGAGUGCAAAGUACCCCAAGGCAGUUUUUCUGAAAGUAGAUGUUGACCAAUGUCCAGAAACCGCCCAAGGACAAAAUGUCUCAGCAAUGCCAACGUUCAUCUUCUAUAAGAACAAGGUGAAGAUAGACUCACAGAGAGGGGCUGACCCUAAUGCACUGGAGGAGAAGAUUAAGAAGUGGUAUGGGGCUGAGGAUGAAGAAGGGGAGGAAGGGGUCACUGUCAAAGGUCAUAUGGACCUUGGAACAUUCAUCAACAAGUCCGGCUGCGAGUGUUUAAAUGAGGCAGAUGAACAUCCAUUGGCUCACUGUCUCACAACAAAGGGAGGCUACCUUGAAUCUGACUGUGAUGAACAGAUUCUCAUCAGCAUAGAGUUCUCUCAGCCUGUGAAGCUGCAUUCUUUGAAGUUGUACGGACCAGCAGAUAAAGGUCCAAAGACAGUAAAGAUUUUCCAGAACCAACCUCGAUCUCUUGACUUUGAUUCUGCUGACAGCAUGGAGCCAGUGCAAACAUUAGAACUGACUCCAGAUGAUGUCAAAGAAGGAAGCUUGAUUCCAUUAAAAUUUGUGAAAUACCAGAAUGUAUCCAGUGUAACACUGUUUAUCAAGGACAAUCAGGAAGAGGGGGAGGUAACACGCUUGGAUUACCUCGGAUUUAUUGGUUCUCCAGUCAAUGCCACCAACAUGAGUGACUUUAAACGGGUGGCUGGAAAGAAAGGUGAAAGCCAUUGAAGAGACGAUUACAUGUGAUGACACUUGUUUGCAUUCUUAAAAAGUUCUUUAAAAAAAAGAAAACGGUUAAUUUUCCGGGCCCAUGUUCGCAAAGCUUCUUUUGGAAAAUUAAGGGCAAAUCUUCUAAUAUCGGUAAUAUUUUCCUUUAGUCUAUGAUCAUUUUGUGUAUAUACAUUAUACAUAAUUGUAUGCACCCAACUUGUCAAAAGAGGAAUACAUAUUUCCCUUUGUUGCGUUCAACAUGUUUAAAACAAGUAAAUAUUUACAAGAUAAUUAUUGAUUUCGCAGAAGUCUCAGCAUUUCCCAUAGCAAAACAGAUCUUAUUGUUACCAUGUUAAGUGUUCACUUAAGAACAACUUAAGUUGAGAUCUUCAGGAGGAGCUUUUGUGAUUACAGGCCCAGCUAAGAGUCAGUACUAAUUAUUUCUUUUAAUUAAUUUAUUGGUUUUAGUUACAAUAUAAAGCUAAAAAUAUUUAAGUAUCAUUAACUGUUGAAUUAUAACUGUUGUUAACUAUAUGUGUUAAGAGUUGAAGAACGGUGUAAAAAAUGUAUUUGUAGGCUGAAUGCAACAGCCUGAUAUUGCAAAGGUUGUAUAUGUUGUGUUAAAAUAUAAUUAUUUAUGCUGUAAAAUGGGAUUCAUUAAUUGAAUGGUCAUAGAAAGUUGACAGAAUAAUUUUCCUUAAGAAAGACAAACAAAAUUAUGUUUCAUAUUUGUUAAGAAAAAUGUUUGUUUAUUUAUAUGGCAAUAUGAUUUUCAAUGAUCUUAUAUAUAAUAAUGGAGUCUUUGUGUAACUGUACCAGCCGUAUUAAAAUUAUGCUCUCCUAAGAAAAAGUACCGCUGUAUUUCUUUGCACCUGUAUGUUGGUGGGUUAGUCGAUCAGAUUGUCAGUCUUCUUAGUAUAUACCAUUUUGUUUAUGUACUCUAUCUGGAGACUGAUUUGAACUUCUUCCAAAUUAUGAAGUCAGUUUUUUUAAGAAAAAGAAGACACCUAUCAAGUCCAGGUUAAAGGUGAAGAUCACAUUGUCUAAAAACUCACAGUUGAAGUUACAGUAUAUAAUAGUCAGUAUGGUUACCAUCUAUUCCCAUGUUACCAAAAGUGGACUUUCUAUGAUUAUGAAAUAGCAUUUAAAAUUUGACGCUUUGUUCCCUAGUAAUAGGAUUAAUUAUUGUACUUCCUCCAGUAAAUGCUUCCAGUUUAAUUACCCAUUUAUUUAUAUUUAUAUUUGGCUUAUGUAUUACUGGGGGUUAGAAAUCAUUAAAAACUUAAGUCUUGGGAUGGGGGGGGGAGGAUUAUGCAUGUCUUACAAACAUGUCUUGUUCAGAUGAUUGGAAAUUGCUGACCAUAAUUUUAUGUUAUUUGUAUUUUUAUGUCAAAUGUUAGGAUUAAAUACGGGCUAACAUUGAAAACUUAAGCGUUAUAUUGAUAUAUUGGUUUGGUUCACUUUCUCAUUUUUAAUUGCCUACAUGUAUAUGUUUGUAUUGCACAUAAUUUUGUUUGGAUAUGAAGAAUUUGAAAAAUGAACACAGGGCAUUCUAUUGUCAGUUUUGUUUUGUUCUUUUGAACUCCAAGAGAACUACUUGUAUUUGAUGAGCUUUUGUGACCGCCAUUUGUCCACUGUGCAUCAUUUGUCAUUAAUAUUUACAUUUUUAACAUGCUGGAGGAAUAUUUAAUUUAAUUUUUGAAUACGCAAGAGAAAUAUUGACUAUUUGAAAGCAAUAAAGGAAAAUUGUCCUUUGAACUAAUGUAAUAUUUUAUACAAGGAGCUUUUGCCUUAACAGACUAUAGGACAUUUUGCCCCAUAGAACCUUCAUGUUUAUUAACACCACAGUGCACACACAAACAUUGUAAAUAAAUGUUGGUCAAGUAUGCUAUUUUCAAAGUGUAAAUGAUGCAUCAGUACGGUUAAAGCGAGAUUUUGACGUCUGCGUGGCAAAGAAAGCGUUUUUUGUUUUUUGGACAUUUUUUUUUAACAAGUGAUACUCAUUUAUUCAGGUAAAUGUUUCAAUGUUUAACAUAUGAAAUUUUGAAAAUAAAUAUAACCACAUUUUUAGCUCAUCUAUUUAUUGGAAAAAAAAUUAUGAGCUAUUGUCAUCACCUUUGGGUCUGCGUCGGCGUCCAGUUAAGUUUUGUGUUAAUGUCAACUUUUUAUGCUCCCCUUAAAUUUAUUUUGGGGGGAGCAAAUAGUCGCCGCUUCGUCUGUCCGUCCGUGUGUCCGUCCAUGUGUCCGUCCCUGCACAUUUUGUGUCCGGGCUAUUUCUCAGCAACUAAUGACCAGAAUUCAAUGAAACUUUAUGGGAAGCUUCACUACCAAGAGGAGAUGUGCAUAUUAUCAGCGGGUUCUGGUCAGAUGAUUUUUCACAGAGUAAGGGCCCUUUGAAAUUUUCCAUUAACUGUACAUAUAGUGCAAUUCUUGUCCGGGCUAUUUCUCAGCAACUAAUGACCGGAAUUCAAUGAAACUUUAUGGGAAGCUUCACUUCCAAGAGGAGAUGUGCAUAUUAUCAGCGGGUUCUAAUUGGAUGAUUUUUCACAGAGUUAUGGCCCAUUGAAAUUUUCCAUUAAUUGUACAUAUAGUGCAAUUCUUGUCAGGGCUAUUUCUCAGCAACUAAUGACCGGAAUUCAAUGAAACUUUAAGGGAAGCUUCACUACCAAGAGGAGAUGUGAAUAUUAUCAGCGGGUUCUGGUCGGAUGAUUUUUCACAGAGUUAUGGCCCUUUGAAAUUUUCUAUAAAAAAUAUUGUCACCCCAACUACUGUGCCCUCAAGACGUUUCCUUUUAUCUGAAUAUAUAGUGCAAUAUUGUGACAAAAAAAACCUUUGGUGAGCAUCACCCUUCUCCAACGGUUUCUUGUCUCAGAGAGUAUCAACGCUAUUGCAUUCAAACUUGGUACACUUACUUACUAUCAUGAGGGGACUGGGCAAGCAAAGUUAAAUAACUCUGGCGUGCAUCUUGACAGAAUUAUGUGCCUUUUGCAUUUUUUUUCCCCAUUUUUGGAAGAUAAUGUAAUAAAUGACCACACACCCACACUAAACACCCCUCUCCACCCCACCCCUCCCUCCUUUGUGAUUGAAGUAUUGAGAUGGGUCCAUUCACCUUUAAAAGAAAAAUAGAUGGGCGGUCUGCACCCGCAAGGCGGUGCUCUUGUUAUUUUUGGCGUGGGCUCAGUUUGACAGAGAGAUACUAAUAAAAACGUUAUUAAAUUGAA